AUAUGGCACAUUUCAAGCUUAAUAGUGUUCCGAAAAGGCGGUUGUGUGAAUCAGUUUCGCAUUGUUGUGAAACAACGCACUUGAAUAUAACACGAACAACACACAAUUGAAUAUGUGAAUUGGCACACGAGUGCUGAAUUAAUCAUUGUGUUGUGAGACUCAAUGACCCUGAGUACAACUGUAUUUAAGUUUUUAUUUACACAACUUUGAAAGAUGAGGCGAAAUGAAAAGGGAAUUUUGGGAGUGAAAAAGGAUCCCAGGAAUUUGAUGCUAUUUUCAUUUCAAGUGAGGGAAGGUGAAGAAUGGCCGUCUAGUGACUCCGGUGACUCUGACUAUCAACCAAGUGAUGAUGGAACCCAUAAACCAAACACAAAAAUUGAACCAGAACGCAGUGUAAGGAAAAAAUCAAAAGUGAAGAAAAGUGUGAAAAGGGCAAAAUAUAGUUCAACCAGGAGUCCCCCUGGUGCAGCCUCAAAGAAUGAUCUUGGUGUAAACUGCCCUAGCCUUCCAUCAGAAAUCUGGCUCAAAAUAUUCAAAGAUGUUGUCAACGUUAGUGGCCCUUUGCCAUUUCUGUGCAGGGCAGCAAGGGUGUGUUCCCUGUUUCAUGACCUCUGUACACAUCACUCCUUGUGGAGAAGUGUGGACCUAUCGUUUGGCUGGAUCAAGUCUACAGACAGAACACUAAAUUGGCUUUGUGACAACAGACUUCAGCACACUAAGGAGAUUAGCCUGUCUGGCUGGAAGACAUUGACCUCACCAGCAGUUAAAGAUCUGAUGAUCAAAUGUUGUGAUUUGACCAGUAUUAAUCUAUCUUACUGCAACAAGGUCACCGCAGAUGGCUGGAUGUCUCUAGCCAACCACUGUAGCCGUCUGUCAGAUUUAGAUGUAUCCUUCUCUAGUAUACAAGUGCCUGCUGUCAAGGCUCUUGUAGGGAAAUGUGGCGACCACCUCAAACAGCUCAAUGUCGGCGGAAACAAUCUGACUGGAUUUCAAAGUGUGCUGAUAGCACUCAAGAAAUGUCCAAAUCUCCAGUUGUUAGAUGUAUCCAAUGUACGGUUUUCCUCAGAUUUUAUGGCGUUUGAUAUAGAAAAAUUUCAGCUUGCAUGUCCAAAAAUGAAAGUUCUUCGAUUAGCAAACUCCAAAUUCCGAGCUCCAGAAGUAUCAAAGAGAGUACAGAAUGAGUCCCCAGGCUUUCCAGACUUGGAGGAGUUGAGUCUGGCUGUACACACAGCCAAAGUGGGGGCGGGUCUUGCCAUACACGACAAUUUUUAUCAAAGAAUCCUGAAGUCAUCAUAUAGCCUAAAGCUGCUAGAUCUGAGAGGUUUGAGUCAGAUCACGACCUUGGGGCUGGCAUCGCUCCCUGUCACUGACCUUGAAUCACUCUACCUCUCAAUGACCUCCCUUGCUUCACGCAAUAACAAUGUGGAUGUCGUCCUGCACAAGUGGCGCCACAGCCUCAAGGUAGUGGACCUGUCAUGGAACACAUUCCAGGAAAACGUGCUUGACGCUGCAUUUGAGGUGUAUGUUGGUCUACCCACAACCACACGACACAAACUGCGCUGGAUUAACUUCGCUGGGACUGCUGUCACUUUGACCACAGUGAGACUGCUGCUAGACAACUGUUCAGACUUGGAGUACAUAAAUCUGUCAUCCUGUCGCGGACUUCCCAGAGGCAUGAAGAGAGAAUACAGUCAGGGCCAGAUCAGUCAGCUUCGGAAGGAAGUUCAACUGGAGGAAGGAUCCAACGGUGAUGCAAGCACUGAUUCUGAUUAAAUAGAUUAAUCUCAGAACUUCAAAUGAGCUCAUUAUGAAUCAUUUCAGGAAAGUGUAAACAUUUUGUUUCAUGUCAAGGCAGCUAAAGAAGGAAACUUAUUUUGUUAAAAAUGUUUGCAGCAGCUAUCAUAAGAAAGUAUCAUGUGCUAAUGUUCCUGCCUUAUUUGAUCAACUCACAUGUGUGGACAGGAAGGUACAAUCUGAUAUUGUCUGCCAUAGUGAAAAAAACAAGGUUACUGGAAAACCUUGUAGCAGUGGUGAUCAUUGUUGUGAGGAUACAACAUGUGUUUGUUGGUUAUCACGUUUAUCUGACUCAAGUUAGUUAAUUUGCAAAUUGUAUACAGACACGAGGUUACAGGGAAACAAUUGCCAUAACGUGUCGAAAAGCAUUGUAAUUUGUUACUUGACGUCAUCAUAAGGAGAUUGAUCAAUGAUUUACCAGGUAUGUAGUAAACAUUGACAUGCAACACAUGUUUUUCAUUAUGAGUUUUAUACACUGAUAUGCGAUACGUGUAAAUCAUUGUAACUGUUAUGGUAUAUUUAUUAUAUUUUUUGAAAUUGUAUUAAAUGGAUACAAUCAAAUGAAAUGCAAUCUGAAAUAAAUACCAGAUGA